CUACAGAACUCAAGGCUUGGCUAGGGAAGCACGACGAAUGCUUAGUAGUUGAUACAGAGACGGAGAGCAAACGGUUUCUGCUUCAAAAUGAUGAAACUACUACCCAAACUACUGCUGCUAGUAUUACUAGCUUUCCCGGCUACGAUCUUUAUGAAAGGGCCGAUGGCUGUAGCCCAGGAUGCGACCGAAGACGAGGAAGCGGCGGAAGUUGAGGAAGACAGUGUGGAUGACGUGACAGCUGAGGAUGAAGAUGAUGAGGCUGAGGUUGAAGAUGAUGAAAACACAGAACUGACAGAAGAAAAAGAGGAAGAGGAGGAGGAGGCACUGACUGGAGAGGUGAAGGCCUCUCCUAAUGCUGACACCACCAUCCUAUUCGUCAAGGGAGAUGACUUCCCUGCAAACGAAAUUGUCAAGUUCCUGAUGGGAUUUAGCAACAAGGGCAGCACUGACAACUUUGUGGUGGAGUCUCUGGACGCCUCCUUCCGUUACCCACAAGACUUCCAGUUCUACAUCCAGAACUUCACCGCUCUGCAGCUGGGCAUCGUGGUUCCUCCAGGCCGCCAGGCCACCUUUGAGUACUCCUUCAUCCCUGCAGAGCAAAUGGGAGGAAGACCUUUCGGACUGGUCAUCAACCUCAACUACAAAGACGGCAACGGUAACGUGUUCCAGGAUGCAGUGUUUAACCAGACUGUGACCAUCACUGAGAAGGAGGACGGUUUGGACGGAGAGACGAUCUUCAUGUAUGUGUUCCUGUCUGGCCUGGGGCUGCUGGUAGUUGUAGGCCUUCACCAGCUGCUAGAGUCCAGAAAGAGGAGACGUCCUACUGCCAAGGUGGAGAUGGGAACAUCUAGUCACAAUGACGUGGACAUGAGCUGGAUCCCUCAGGAGACCCUCAACCAGAUCAUGCAGAGUCGUAGAGACAAAGCCUCUCCCAGACGAUCUCCUCGCAAAAGGAACCAGAAACGCUCUGCCGGCUCAGACGAGUGAUAGCUUCGUCCUUGCCAAGCCACGCCUCCACCUGGUAUGUGGUGCUGCCUUGGCAACGCUGUACUGCGCCAGUACCCUUCGUCCCUUAUCUUCUGGGGACAAAACAAACAACUCAACAAUAACGACAAUUAAGCUGACCUCCCUUCAGAGGACUCUAGUGCCAACCUUUGCAAAGGAUGGCCUUUUGUACACAAACAGCUAACAGUUUCAAAUGACAACAACGCCAUCACCAAAAUGGUCUCCUUUAGUGUGAAUGAUUCCCCUGUCCGAGCUGUAUCUGAGCAGGGCUGUGGAAUGACUGAAGACCAAUGGAGGAGUGGGUUCAGAGAUGAUUGGUGUGGUUCUGAAGUGGUGGGCUAAAAGGAAAAGUUACACUUGAGGGUUUUGGUGACUCGAGUGAUGGUUUGAUGUUGGGACUAUCUUCAUUCAAGUCUUCAGGGCAUAAUAGAUUCUGUGGGUUGGGGGAGUGGUGGUCUAUAAAGCCAUGAUCACAUUUUUUCUUAAAUUUUGAUCUUUUACUUCCGUGUGUUUUAUUUUUGCACUGGUUAAACUGCACAUUCUGGGUGUCUGCCUGUAGUUCUUCUGGUGGCCUGAGGGGCAGAGAGGGCGCCAAAGAGUCCUGGCUCCUUUUUCUGCUCACAGGCUUUGAGGUUCUUGUCCACUGUCUGAAGUGCACUGCUACACUCCUCUAUUACUCUUGACAUCUUGGAUGACUUUGGACAUACGAUAGGGGAAACUAUCAAACUGGGACAUAUUCCAUUACAAAAUGUGUUUUCUUUUGUCUCCUUAGUCACUUCCUUGCAAAAGCUCCAGGGUGUGUGUCCAUAACAGGACAUGGCCCUGUCCUACUGUGUGCAUGGAAGUUAAUGAGUUGACAAAGAUGUUUUUGGAAUAUAACACAUCUCUGUUUAUGGUUUCUCCUUCCUCACUGCCCUCAAUGUGCCUGUUUUUUUACUUUCUGUUAACUGUAAUUUACUGUAAAUUAAGUUUAAUUCUUCAUACACCAGGCUUCAUUUCACAAUAAAACUGUAUGCAGAAUUGUAAUUUCUUUCUUUUAGAAUGUUUUAUUUUAUUUUUUGUGGUAAGAAUUGUGUGUAUAUAAAUAUUGCUUAAUGCACUGGUGAAAAUGCAGACUGGGGUGGCUAAUGUGAGUUUAUGAAACUGGAGUGAAUUCCUUGGUUUCUGGGCUUUUUACAUGCCAUUAAAUCCAAACCUCUGGAGCCUAGUUAUCAGACCAUCGUUAGAGACAUUGUAGGUGGCCUGUUCUGGGAAAACAGAAUCCUAAUCUAGGAUUAUAGAAACCCAGUGUUAACAACCCAUUAAUUAAGAGAAGUGGAAGGGUUUUGUGUUGAACUGGUCUACGUUUGGGCUAGAGAGGCUGGUCUUGUACCUGGUUUUACCAAACCAGAUGGUUGCCCGUUAAGUGACUAUUGUAGACUGUAUAGAAAUCAAAUUGAAAGGUCUUUAUUUGAAUGAAUUCAUGAAUGAAAAUAUUCGAUUGUGAGUUUUAAACCGUUCUGCUGCAUUGUAUUUGUGGAGUAUGAAAGAGCUGGUGGUGCAAAUUGUUGUAGAAAAUAAAGGAAAGUUUAAGUGCU